GGGGCGCGGGGCGGUGCUGGGCGCCGGCUGCGCGCGGAGAGGCCAGCGGAGAGCAGAGAGGUGCCCUGCAGCGGCACCGCGAGCGAGGGCCAGGUGUCCGACGAGCAGACCGGCGCCCCUCGGAGUCUUGCCGAGAGAUAGGACUACAGAAUGGUACCCCUAAAUGGAAAGAGACUACAGGGCUGAUCAGAGAGGACUGGAAACAAGAAAGGCUCCUGAAGGAGAGCAUUCUUCCAUUCUUCCCUCACCUCAAUCCCUGUUGCUAUGGAGACCACCAAUGGGACGGAGACCUGGUAUGAGAGCCUGCACACUGUGCUGAAGGCUCUAAAUGCCACUCUUCACAGCAACUUGCUCUGUCGGCCGGGGCCAGACAACCUGACCGAGGAGCGGCAGGCCAGGCUACCUGGCCGUGAUGACAACUCCUACAUGUACAUUCUCUUUGUCAUGUUCCUAUUUGCUGUUACUGUCGGCAGCCUUGUUCUGGGAUAUACUCGCUCCCGCAAAGUGGACAAGCGCAGCGACCCCUAUCACGUGUACAUCAAGAACCGUGUGUCUAUGAUCUGAUGCUGGGGGGCCCAGGCAGCUGAAGAUCAAGACACCUGAAGAUUGUCUUCUGGAGCCUCCAGAACUCAUCCAUGGACCACAUUAGGCCUCAGUAUGCCUGUCUGUAAGAUUAACAAGAAACAGUGCUAAAAAAGAUCAUCAUUGGGCUGGGAGGACAGGGGCAGACCUGGGUAUAAGGAUUUUUUUUUGCAAAGGUCGACUUUAUAGACAGUGAGAGCCUCAUGAAUAAAUAUAUACAAGUAGCAAAGGAUAAUAACCAAUGAUUUGUCCUGUGGCUGGCGUAUGGGUGCUGGGGGCUGGGGCUGGAGGAAGGAGAAGUUGUAGCAGAGGGACAUGGAACAGGAAGAUGCACUGAGGACACAUUUUUUUAUGUGUUAUCUUUAAUGACCAUGAAAAGCAGUGAUGAUUAUCCCAUAUCACAGAUGGAAAUCUGAGUAAUGUUACUUAUUUAUAUUUGUUCAUAUUUUAUGUUUUUCAACCCAUUUAACAUUUGGGAUUUUACCCCAUUAGGGAAGCAGGGCGAGUGCUGUUCUGCCCAUUUGGGCCAGAGUGGGGCCAUGACUGGAACCCAGGAACUAUGUUCUCCUUGCCUAGUGCUUUUCAAAACUCUGUGCCACACAGGAGUGGGUCCAGGCCUGAAACUUACACAAUUCUGGGGGCCCUCCUUAAGAAAAAGAGUUAAAAAAUAUCUUACUUUUGCAAAUAUUACAAAAACAUAUUACCACUUUAAUACAUUGCUAGGGCCCCUCCUAAGACCCUAAGAAGGGGCCAUGCAAGCGCAGGGCCCUGAAUGUUAAGCCUCCGUAUGUCUACGGUUCAAGUGCCUCUCCAGUCAUGUCACAGGGCCCUUCCCAGCCACAUCUCCAGUCAUGGGGACUUCACUACCUCUAACUCAGCCUCUUCUGAUUUGAGUACUGUGAGAAAUUUUCUGAUACCAAGUUGAAAUUUGCUUCUAGAAGAUUUUAUCACACUUAGAAGAUUAUCUUAAGAGAAGCAGAGUGUGAAAGGCAGGUACCUGGUUCAGUGGAAAGAGGAUGAGCCCUGAUUCUACCACUAAUGUGGUAUAUGAACUGGCCAGUCACUUCUCUCUCUGAUCCUUUUCCCUCUUCAGCACAACAAAAUAGCCUUGAAAGUCUCUAAGAGCUCUACCAGUUCUGACAUUCAGGGCUUCACAUACGUUAGGCUGAACCAUAUAACACUGCUGUGCUUGUAGGACAAAAGCAGAUGAACAUCAAUAGUUUCAUAUGGUUCAAUCCAAUACAUGCAAUAUGGCAGGUGAAUACUUUACAAGCUACAAAUCCCAGUUUGGGACCUCCUACUGUUCUGUUUGAUUCCUGUUCACAGGGUCUCCAUGGGGUCUCCAGAAGGCCCUGUUGAAACUUACAUAUCUGUGUAUAGCAAAAACUCUGAGAAAUAUUUUGAUAGCAGUUAUCUCUGAGGAGGAUUAUGGGUGAUUUUCCCUUUCUACUUUAAAAAUUUAUGUAAUGUUUGAUUUAUUUGACCAUAAGUAUGUUACUUGUAUAAUAAGGGGGAAAAAGGGGAAAAGCUACUUCCAAUUUGAAAAAAUAAAAAUGAAUGCCUAU